AUGGGUAGACGAGAAAUUCACACACUACGGGAGACCGUCAAUAUUCCAAUCGAGCAAGUCUGGAGUCUGGCCUCCAGUUUCGGCGCCAUCAAAGCAUGGAUGCCCUCAGUCAAAGGAGUUACCAUCAAGGGUGAGGGGGUUGGGGCUGUUCGGACUGUCAACUCCAUGGCUGGAUCAGUGGACGAAAAGCUGGAGAUACUGGACCCAGUGAACCAUGUCAUCUCUUACAGAAUUGUGGACCCAACCCCCCUACCCGCCAAAGGAGGUUUCGGCACGUGGAAGCUGAAAAGCAUUGGGGAGGACAAGACCGAAGUGACCUGGAUUGCUGACGCGGAAGAGAUCGAUGACGCCGGUGUUGCGGUUAUGAAGCCCAUCUACGAAGGAUUCAUGGCCGACUCGUUUGCGGGAUUGGUAAAGGCAUUGUCAUGA